GUACGAUGUUAUAAUGAGUGAAUCAUGAAUCUGUGCCAUGCAACGCACCUGCAGUAGCUGUGGGCGUUAUGGUUUGUUUGGCAAAUGAUCGCUUCCUGGCACCCUUAAGUCUUCAAUCACUUGUCUACAUAUUUAUUUAUUUUCAAAUAAAUAGUCCUGUUUUUCUUGUAACUAGGAGAAGAAAGUGCAGGUUAUAGUUUCUUCAACUGCUUUUAGUCCCAAUUUACCACAGAUAUGGCACUUAUUUCCUGAAAUGAUUCCUUGUGUGGACAUGAUUAAAUUCUGAAGAUAUGCAAGCAUCCACUACAAGUAGUGCCUGGUGUGGGAACCUUCACCAGGCUCAACAAGUUGCUACUCAAGGAGUACAAUGGCUCUUUGGGUGUUUGCCUUGUGUAAGGGGACACCACCGAGUUCACCCGACCACCUUUGAGUCAUCAGAUCCUGAGUACAUAGUAGUAGAUUCAAAAAAGCGACUAAGACUUCUUCAUGUAUUACCAGAUUCAACCAAUUCUAUACUGACAAAGUUUAAUAGUCAAGCUGAUUCCGUGGAUUAUUGCAGCUUGGAAAGUUCUGGGGAAGACUAUUGGUUCAUGAGAUGGAACCGCCCACUUCGACCAAACUUUAAUAGGAACUCUUGCAGUUGCUCCUUCAGGAGAUCCCAAACUAAGUCCAUUCCUGAUCUCAAGGACCCUAAAUUUGAAGAAAGCAAAGAAAAUUCCAAUAGGUCUGAAUCAGGAAUUAAAACCAACCAACUAGAUUUACAAAAUAGAUAUAAUAGAAAUUUGGAUAUUUUUGCUGAAAAACUUUCACAUGGUAUUUUAGUUGAAGCAGUCACAAAGAGCUUGGAAAUUAAAACAGGAAUCAAAGGCAUUGUUUAUAAGCCCUUGAGAGUUUUUAAACAUGAGAACAACUCACCGAAUUGCUGUGAUAAUGUAUCUGUAGAAGAUGUGAAAGUAACCAUUGGUGAGUCUGGUAAAGAAUUUGGUGGAUAUGUAAAUCCAGUGUUCCUUUCAUCAAAUGACUCAUUAAAUUUGAUCCCAAGUGAGGAUAAACAUAUUAACCGUGAUGAUGAGCUUGUUGCAAAUAGAAUAAUCACUAUGAGUCAGGAGGAUUCAUUCACGAAGGAACAUCAGGACUACAAUGCCAAUGAUCAACAUGUUUUGAAAAAAGGAAAUGUCUGUAACAAACAGAGUUUGAACAUAAUGAAGCCUUCUGUAGAUGACAAUGGUGUCAAAAAGAAACACCGCAAGUCAUGCCUAAGUGGAUCAAAGGCACACUUAAAGAAACCUCUGCUACUUUUGAUCCAUGGAGCUGGCAGUAACUGUGAAAUAUGGCGUAAUCUUAUUAGUCACCUUGCACUUGGUGGUUAUGAGUGUGUUGCUCCUGACCUUCUUGGUCAUGGGCUGUCAUCUGCUCCAGACAGUGCUAAUUUAUACACUUUUCAUGCAUUCCUACAAGAUCUUCUGUGUAUCUUUGAUCGCUUUGUUGUUGAAGGUAGAACCGCAGUUAUUUUAGGGCAUGGCUACGGGUGUAGUAUAGCUGCAGCUAUUGCCCGCUACAGAUCAGAACAGGUCAUUCAACUUGUUCUCAUAAGUGGUGGUGGACCAACUCCACUUGCACCAAGAACCCCACCAUCUGUGUCUCCAUGCCUAAAGGCUUGUUUAGAACCUCUUCUCAUGUGUGGUUUCAAAAGAGAUGUUGUUUACUCAGUUUGUGGAAAACAAAUGGAGCCUAUCUCCCCCGAAGCAAGUGGUGUUCCACGCCAUAUUGUUGAUCAUAUUGCCCAGGGACAUGUUUGGCCAGAGGGGGAUGCUGCAUUUCACCGUCGAAUUGUGGCACCAACACUGUUGGUCCAUGGUAUGAAGGAUCAACAUAUAACUUUAGUGCAACAAUGUGAAAUGGAACGUACUAUUCCUCGUUCAUUUCUUGAGGUCAUACCAGAAGCAGGUCAUUGGGCAAUGCUUGAGACUCCCAGUCACUUAAGUCACAUGAUUUUAUGUUUCAUAGACUGGUGGGCUCCUCCAAACCGAACCCAAUGAUCCUUUAUUUUCAUUAUGCUUGUGAAACUUGAAUUUGUAAAAGCAAACAUUAUUAUUGCCAAAAAUGAUGAAAUGUUUUACUGAAUAAUUUUUGUAAAUUAUUAGGAUUUUGUUUGAGAACUUUUACUUGUGCAAGCUAGAUGAGGUUGUUAAUAAUAUCUGCAGGUGUAAGAUGGUCAGGUCUUCCUUUUUUUCUGCUCAGUAUCACUUUGUGACUGAUCUGAAACCUGUAGCUGUCAGUGCCAAAAUAUAGUCUGAUGCUAAAUUACAAUCAAAUGUAGAAAAUCAAAUGUAUUUCCAUUGAAUGAAUUAUGGUUUUUGCAUAUGAAAUUCACCCAGUGAGAAAUGCCAAUGAAAAGAAUUUCAAAUCAAUUAUUGUUAUUUGGUGCAUUCAAUUUAUUCCAGUGAAGUUUUGAUCUAAAUUUGGUUUUUUAUUGUUUUGAAGUCAACACCAUUCACAACAUGCGAGGCUCACUUUAGAUCUUCAAUGCAUCUGAAAUAUUUUGCUUAGCAAUCAGAUAUCCAUUCCCUUUUUAUUGUUGUUAUUCAUGGUGUUUUGACAGAAAUUUUUAAAGCCAACCAGACUUGGAAUACAUUUGUAUCUAUCCAUUAAUCACUAGUUUUAGGAUUCAAAAGACUGCAUUUUACUGGUUGACCAUGUUUGUAAAGUUGAACUUGUAUUUGUAUUCUGUAUUGUUACUUUUUACCAAAAAUCUAUAUUUAUUUUUAGACAAUUUAUCAUUUACAUUUGUCUAUCAAUGUUGCUUGUUGUCACCAUGUUAAUACAAGUUUUCCAUUGACGAACAUCAUGGAAUAUCAUGAACAAUGUGCCUUGUCAUUUGUUUAUAAUUAUUACUGUAUUUUGAUAUCAUUUUCAAAAGAUACACAAAAGCAGGGGCAUCUAUCUUCCUGUAAUAUUACUCUAGGAACAAAUUGAUAAUAUAUUUGUUGCUUCAUUUUAUUCUUAUUAAAAUAAUUUGAAGCUUCUGCGGGUUGUGAAGCAGGAGUGUCUACAGUAGGUGUAUAUCUGGCUAUUUCUUUACUAGUCUUGAGUUGUGAGAAAUGCUUUGAAUAUAUAGUGUGGUUUAAAUUUAAUGCUACCUUACUUUUGUUCAUAUUUUAGAAUCAAUGGUUUUCUUCCACUUCUGUAAACUGAGCUUAAAGAUGUUAAACCAAGUAUCCAGUGCAGUUUAGAAACCAGAUUAUUUGUUCUUGCUCUUCCAAUCUUGCCUACACUAACUGAGAUGACCUGACCUGUGAAUCCUUAGUAUUACAGUAUCUUAAUUAUUGUGACAAUUUAUAUUUUCUUGUUUUUUUUUUCUGUCAAGUUGUACAGGUUUCCAUAUUUUAAAGAAACUGUAUGGAUAAAUAACUUGCACUGAUGAACUAUUUUAUAAAUAAAACUAACACAAAAGCAAAAAUUUA